ACGGCAUAUAGUCCUGCAGCAACAACAACAACAAGAAGAUGGCGGCGUCCAUGACGAAAUGCAAAUUUCGUGUUAUAGCAAGGAAGUUAUGUGAUAGACAUCUGUUGCGAUUAUUGUCAACAUCAAACACCAGAGAACAUAAUAUCUCAAAUAAUGAUCCGGCUGAAAGAAAAACACACUUUGGAUUUGAAACUGUCACAGAAGCUGAAAAAGAAGAUAAAGUGUAUUCUGUUUUUAAGAAUGUAGCAGAUAAAUAUGAUCUCAUGAAUGAUGCCAUGAGCGUUGGAGUCCAUCGACUUUGGAAGGAUGCAUUUAUACAAAGACUUGCACCAAGACCAGGAACAAAACUUAUAGAUGUGGCUGGAGGAACAGGUGACAUUGCUUUCAGAUUUCUAAAUUAUGUCAACUCACAGAGAGCCAAGGCUGAGGUUGAUUUAGAAGCAUCUAUACCAAAUGUUUACAUGGACCCUUCUGAAGAUACUGCUUCUAGUUCAGAGGAUUCUGAGUUGCUAGGCAACAGAAGACCUGUCAGUCAUGUGACUGUGUGUGAUAUUAACCAGUCAAUGCUUGAUGUUGGAAAGGCAAGGGCUUUGGAUGCAGAAAUUUAUUCAG